UUCUAAACAACAAUUUCGAAGGCCUAUUCCCUGUCUGACGAAUAUUUCCUCCUGUCUGCAGUUAGUGCAGCGUCACUCGUUCACUGGAAUUAAAAUGUCAUGCCUAUUAACCUCUGCACAAGUGCCAAGACGGGAAGGAGUGCCGAAAUGACAUAACGGGCUCAUUGUCAGCCCACUGCGUAUAUUUUUGGUUCCCCGCUGCACUAGAGAGGAUCCAACCAACAAGUCUCUCAGAAGUGCAGCUCAGAGACGAGGCCGCGUUUAAGAAUGGAAGGGGAAACUACAAAUACGGAGGAGAUGCUGCGGAAUGCUGUAGUGGCCGUCGAGCUAGGCUCUGAACCUGACGAUCAAACGGAUGCUGCUUCUGGUGGAAUGAUGCCAUUGUUUAGUUCGCUUUUUGAGAUGCCCCGUUUCAAGGUGCACGUUACAACGGGAGAUAAGGCUCGGGCAGGGACCGACUCAACGGUUCUCCUUAGACUUGUGGAUGAAACAGGCGCAAAAACCGAGUGGAACCGGUUGGACAAAUUCUUCAGAAAUGAUCAUGAGCGCGGAGAAACCCAUUCUUAUUCAAUCAGUGCUGGCAAGCUGGAACAGCCUGAUGAAAUUGCCUACAUCCAGGUGAAAAGGCAAUCUACACUAAUUGACGAUCACUGGUUUCUGGACAAAAUUGUGGUUGAGGAUACCAAGAGAAAAUUCUCUUAUGUGUAUCCAGUGCAAAGGUGGAUAAAAAGAGGAGUCGAUUACAGUUUAUACCAGUAUGAUGCGUGCUUGCCAUGUGAUGAUGCUCAAUUGGAUCUGCGGCAAGAGGAGCUCAGGGAGAAAAGAAAAUUGUACGAGUUCAAAGAAACAAUUCCAAAUGGACCUAAGCAGGUGAAAGACCUGCCCAGCGAUGAAGAAUUUUCGUCUGGUGCAAAGUCUGAUAUCAUCAUAGAAAAGGGAAAGCUGCUGUUCAGGAAACUUUAUUUAGAGUUCACAACACAGAAGUGGAAAAUAUUUGAUGAUGUCUACAGUAUUUAUCACCCAGAUCAUUCUCUCCCCAAGCCAGCUUGCGCAGAAUUCUGGAGGGAUGAUAAAUGGUUUGGUCUUCAAAGAGUGCAAGGUGUAAACCCAGUUCUAAUCACCCUUUGCAAAGAAAUACCAGCAAAGCUGGCUGUAACAGCAGAAAUGGUGGAACCGUUUUUGGAAGGCAUUAGUUUGGAAGCAGCUUUGAGCACAAACAAAAUUUUCAUCAUUGAUUUGGAGUUUUUGGAUGGCGUCUCGUGCAAAUUAGAGAAGAUGGUGUCACCGAUUGCACUCUUUUACCUGAACAAAUCUGAUGACUUGCUCCCCAUCGCAAUUCAACUUUUCCAAGAACCGUCGCCAUCUAAUCCCGUCUUUCUGCCCAGCGACCCAGCCAACACCUGGCUUCUGGCAAAGAUGUUUUACAACAUGGCAGACGCACAACACCACCAAUCUUACACACACCUAGGAACAACUCAUUUAUUGAUGGAGACGAUGAGUAUUUCUGCGCAUCGAAACUUGUCUCCUUCGCACCCCAUUUUCCGACUAUUGGCGCCGCAUUUUCUGUACCUUCUUGCCAUUAAUGCGCGUGGACUAGAGAAAUUGUUGUCUCCAGGAGGGUGGAUCGAUGUUGGCAUGACGGUACGGCGGGAAGGAAUGUUUGAACUCAUUGCCAAGGGGUUCCAACAGUGGGAUCUUCUGCUAAAUGGAGAUGUGGAAGCCGAGAUAGGGUCAAGAGGUGUUCUUGAUCCAGAAAUUCUGCCAUACUAUCCAUACAGGGAUGACGCUUUGCCGCUGUUCAAAAUAAUCAAGAAAUAUGUGACAAAAAUUGUCAACUUAUAUUACAAAAGCCCAGAAAAGCUUUUGAAUGACGAGGAAGUGCAAAACUGGUGCAAAGAAAUGGCAACUCCUCUGGAGGAAGGAGGCUGCGGCGUUCAUGGCGUGCCAGAAAAACUUGAGAACUUGGAGCAGCUGGUGCACAUCUGUACUGCAAUGAUUUCCGCAUGCAGCAUGGGCCACGCUGGAUCGUUUCAGCAGUAUGAUGCAUACGGUUUUGUACCUAACUACCCAGGAGUCCUUGAAAAAAUGCCGCCACAGUCAAAGGAGGACUUUGGUGACGAAAAACUCUUGGAGUACUUGCCAGACAAGGAAACAACUCUAUAUAUUAUGGUCAUCACAAGCUUGCUCAGCAGAAAGGGGACCCAGAGCUUGGGAGACUUUGAAGUUCAAUACUUGUAUGACCCAGAGGCGGUGAUUAUUGCUGAUGAAUUUCGUUUUGACCUGCACAAGCAUUCCUCUCAGACUGAGCAAGUCAACCGUCAAAGGGACUUCAAGCAUGACUGGCUUGACCCGAAGAGUGUUCCCAACUCGAUUAGCAUUUAAGCUGUCCAAAACCUCUACAUUCCUUGCUUGCUUCAUCUUCCAUAAUUUUGUGAUUUUUACUUCAGUAUUGUUGAGCAUAGCCUGAAGACUAUUAUUAUAUAAACAGCGUUAAAUUAUGAAAAUAAUUAUUGUACAGUUCUACAGUAUUAUUAUAAGGUGCUAAAUGAUGGUGUCUUGUAAAGAAAAUUAAAUGUACCUAGAUUAAAAGACUGAAAGUAAAGCAUGCAGCUCAAGUUGAAUAAACUAUAUUAUAUUCUAAUGUUA